CUGGUGAUGGCGUUGAGCUGGUGCCACCUGUGCCACUCGCUGCGGACCUCAACACUUUCCUCCUAUGCAAAGGCAGAGGACAGAUUGUUAAACUACCUCUUCAAAAACUACCAGAAAUGGGUUAGGCCAGUGGAAUUCCUCAAUGGGACAGUAACAGUGAAAUUCGGGCUAGCCAUCUCCCAGCUAGUCGACGUAGAUGAGAAAAACCAGCUCAUGACAACCAAUGUGUGGAUGAAGCAGGAGUGGGCUGACAUCAAACUACGGUGGAACCCUCCUGACUAUCUGGGCAUCGCCAGUAUCCGUGUUCCUUCGGAUAUGGUCUGGAUCCCGGACAUUGUGCUGUAUGAUAAUGCAGAUGGGCGUUUUGAAGGGACAGUCACCAAAGUCAUUGUCAGGUACGAUGGCACCAUUUCAUGGACCCCACCAGCAAGUUACAAGUCAGCAUGCAACAUUGAUGUCACCUUUUUCCCCUUCGACCUCCAGAACUGCUCCAUGAAGUUUGGUUCUUGGACUUAUGAUGGCUCACAGGUGGACAUCCUUUUGGAGGACGUCAAUGUGGACAAGCGGGACUAUUUUGACAACGGCGAAUGGGAGAUCAUGAAGGCCACAGGCGGCCGCGGCCUGAGACGGGACGGUGGCGCCUCCUACCCGACCAUCACCUACUCCUUCAUCAUCCGCCGGCUGCCCCUCUUCUACACCCUCUUCCUCAUCAUCCCCUGCAUCGGUCUGUCCUUCCUCACCAUCCUGGUCUUCUACCUGCCCUCCAACGGCGGCGAGAAGAUCUCGCUGUGCACCUCCGUGCUGGUGUCCCUCACCGUGUUCCUCCUGGUCAUCGAGGAGAUCAUCCCGUCCUCUUCCAAGGUCAUCCCGCUCAUCGGGGAGUACCUGGUCUUCACCAUGAUCUUCGUCACGCUGUCCAUCGUCAUCACCGUGUUCGCCAUCAACAUCCACCACCGCUCCUCCUCCACUCACCACGACAUGGCGCCGUGGGUGAGGAGGAUCUUCCUGCACCGCCUACCCAAGCUGCUGUGCAUGCGCAGCCACGUGGACCGCUACGCCCCGGACGGAGCUCCUGGGCAAGCCAUGCACCCCAACGGGCGGCUAGCCGAGGCCACACAGCCACUGAACUCUCGGCGCAGCCUGCAGGCCGCUUUGGACUCUAUUCGCUACAUCGCCACGCAUGUCGUGAAGGAGAACGAGGUUCGAGAGGUGGUGCAAGACUGGAAGUUUGUAGCCCAGGUUUUGGACCGGGUGUUUCUGUGGGCCUUCCUCCUGGUUUCAAUCCUUGGCUCUGCCCUGCUUUUCAUCCCCGUCAUUUACAAGUGGGCCAGCAUCAUCGUUCCUGACUUCAGUCACGCACACAGUUAAAGGACAACUACCACAAACCCCCCAAAACUCAAAGGUGUCCAUCAUAAGACACAUGUAUGUGCUUUCCUGUGAUCCCAGACAUAAUAAAAUGAUGCUGAUGUUCAAAACCCUCAAAAGCUUAAUACAUGGAUAAACAAAAUGGUAAAAGAUGUCAACACUUUCAAAUUGGUUGAU